UGCCCCGCCCCCCCCCUGCGCCGAGCCGCCCGUUGCGGCGACCAGCUCCGGAGGCCGUCGGGCUGCCUUGGCCGCGCUCCCCGCCGCCGCUCCGCCAUGUGGCCGCUGGCCGCUUGGGUGCUGCUCAGCGCCGUGGGCGCCGGUUCUGCCCAGUUGAUAUUUAGUGUGACAGAUGUUGUUGAAAAAACUGACUGUAAUAAAACUGUCGUGUUACCUUGCUAUGUGACUAAUCUAAAGGAGAACAAUGCAAAUGUCAUGUUUGUUACAUGGAAAAAACAAGGAAAAGUAAUUUUUUCUUUUGAUGGAGCAAGACAGGAGUUUUUCAGAGAUCCAGCGGUUCCGUCAGCUAACUUGGUAUCUCGGGCGGAUUUACCCAAGGGUAUUGCCUCUCUAACGCUUAACAGCGCAGAAGCAGAUGUUGGAAAUUACAGUUGUGAAGUAACAGAAUCAAACAGAGAAGGAGAAACAAGACUUGAACUUAGAAAGCACUCAGUUGUCAGUUGCGGCGAUGAAAAUACCCCAACACCAAAGGAAAAAUGUGGAUCAUGGUUUCUUCUAGUGGAAAGGGCUAUCAUCAUAGCGUUGCUGUUCUUAGUUAUUAUUUUGUGUUCGGCUCAGUUAAGUGUUAUUGCAUUAAAAUAUGAAAUUGUACCUCAGAAGAAAACGGGCAUUCUUGUAGCAAGUUUCAUCUUCACAGUUGCUGCUGUUGUAGGCACUGUUCUUUUUGUCCAAGGUGGCUAUACUGCACAGAAUCAAGCUGGUCUUGGCCUAAUUGUAGUCCCUGCUGUGAUUUUGGUACCACUUCAAUACUUAAUGUUUGGAAUUGUUUUUGAGAGUCUACAGCAAGCAACAUUUGCUCUGAUAGGUUUGCAAAUUCUUGGUUAUGUAAUUGCUGUGGUUGGUUUUGCACUGUGUGUCUCAGCCUGUCCUCCGUUACAUGGGUCUGUUGUGAUUGCUGGCUUAGCUAUUAUGGCUAUUGCAAAUUUGCUUAGUCUGGCUUACGUAUUUAUUAUGGGUUCCAGAAUGAAAGAUCAUCCUCGUCCAGGGAAAGCUGUAGAAGAACCACUAAAUGAUGCAAAAGGAGUGAUGUUAGAAUGAUGGACUGCAGAGCUAUGUGAUGUGUGAAAAGUACACCAUUGUUGAUACACCGUGGCCUUGAAGAUGCACUACUCAACGAGAAGAAAUUCAGGAAACUAGUUGUUUUGCAUGUGUGGCAAAAGUGCUUUUGAAAUAAAUGAUGUAAUUUUAUAGUCACAGCAGCUGUAGCGAGGAACAUGUGUGUUUGCCCACAUGAUCUUUAUUUUCUUCUGUUAUGGUAUAUAUGGGAUGGUUGAGGGUGAAAAUAUAAAAAGCACUGUUUGCCCACUACAGGGUCUCCCUGCAGUAAUCCUUAGUGGUAUUAUUUUCAAAAACUAUCAUUAGUCACUGCUUCGAUAAUGGGCCUGCUCAGCCCAAAGAUUGCAAUACCAUUCAGACUUGUUUUCUUUAUUUGUGUGCAUGGGCAAGGUAUGGUCAUAUGUCUAUGAUACAAGCAGGAAGUAGAGAUUGUACAAAUACAUCUUUUCUGACAUUCAGCAAAACUUUUAUAAAAAAAUAAAUGCUUAUACACAAAGUUGCAUAAGUACAAAGUUUACUCCCAGCUCUCCUUGAGUUAUUAAUCGAGUUCUCCUAAUUCCACGAAACAGUAGUAUUCCUCUCCAUGGGCAGGAGCCAUGUAUGCUCUGGUGGCUGAUAUUUUAGUCCAGUGAGCAAGCUCUCCAUGCCUUUUCCAUAUUCUUUGAUGAGAAACUGCUCAGCUGUUGGAGCCUAAUUCAGCACUGGAAUUCUGGAGCACAGCAGCUAGUAAUUUUCAUGCUGAAUGUGGUUCUUUUGUAUGUUCAUGUUGUACAGUGUGUGGUACUGGAAGCAAUUUCAGGUUUUCUUAACUCAGUGAAUUUGUAAAACUCAUGGAUGCUUCAUAAAAAUAGGAGUUGUCCUAUUUAGUGUAUUUUUGACAGAGUUUUAAAAUCUGUUUUCUUGAAUGGAAGAAGGAGCUAUUUAAUUUCUGACCUGAGUUUGUGAUGCUGCCAUUACAUCACAAAUACAUAAAAUAGAAAGUAAGUAGGAGGAGCUGAUGAGAAGUGAGGAGGCUGUUUCUGUGUAUAUAUAUAAGUGGUACAGUUAAAAAUCAAUUUUUUAGGACUUGCACAUUCCAUGAGAUUUUACCACGUUUUACAACUGUUUUGAGAGUUGUUCCAAUAUAGUUGGCUUCUCUUGGACUUUUAUGUAUACUUUGUAGAAAUCUUGACACUGUCUCCUAUUCAUACUAAGGUAAUGUAUUUCAAAGGCACACAUGGUUUUCUCCUUGUAACAAUUUAAAACUUUGUUUGGAAAGCUGUUGCCAAACAGUAAUGUAAUAAAAUCCAUGUUUUUAAAGAUUCCGAGUCAUUUGGCAAGUCACAGAGUUGGAUGUUGUAAACUAGAGUUCAUAUCCAUGUUGUGGGUGCAUGUUGCAGAGAUUCAGUUCUCUGCAUGUUGAGCUCCAAGUCUUGAUGCAGACACCUUGCAUCAAGAAUUCAACAAAAUACAAUUGAGGUAUCUGAUUUUACAAUAUUUACUCUCAUAAACAGUCCUCUUGCUAGGGCUGCAGGAUUGAACCACUUAAAGCAACCCAUGGUCCAGCCCUCACUAAAAUCAGUGGAACUGGCCACAAUGAAGAAGGUUAUUCAUGCGAUAAAGCAUUUAAGAAGCACGUAUGGUUUACAUUUACUUUCAUACCUUAAAGUUUGUCAGUGGGAGUAUUCAUAUAAUAUUUGAGGUCCUAUAUAUGAAUCUUUUGAUACAGGUUUUUCUGUAAUCACAGCAAUCUCUACCUAAAGAUAGGAGAUUACUCUCCAUUAACAAUUCAGCGUAAGAAUUUACCUGAUUUAAGUACCAUGCAGAACUCACUAUUUAUAACUAGUGAUUCCCUCUGGCAAGUUGAAAGUUGAGCAGUUGAGGAAUAAAAAACAAACCAAUGGGAAUUCUCUUGAGGUAUUCUGCCUUAUAAAAACCAUUAUGUAUAAUAGCUUUAUGUUAACUUCUGUAAAGCAAACUGCAGUAGAACCCGUUUGUGUCACUGUGGGAUGAGGCUGAGCUGUUACUAGGCAUUGCUGAAACCUGAGGAGCUCGGUGGCCACGUACAGGCUUCAGAAGCAAUUCCCCAGAAAUGGGAGAAACCCACCAUCCUGUUGUGUUAUGGGCUCUGCUCUGGAUUUCUUGUGGGUACAAAUUUAAAAGUGAGACUUUAAAAAGUCAUUGAUACACCCAGCCCUUUCCCACCAGUAAUUUAAAACCAAAGUUGUUCAUAACUGUAUGCUUCCAUUUGUGUGUUUAUGUGUGUGUGUAUAUAUAAAUAUAGAGACAUUUUAAAUAUCUAUAGAUCUAUAGUCUUUACCUGAGAAAAUGUUUUUAUUUAUGAAACAUGAACCGAUUUUGUAAAUAUUGUGCUAAUAUACCUAAAAAAUAAAGUCAUUUUAAGUUGUU